AUGUGUACCUACACUCUGGUCCUCAGGAAGAACAUUAUGGGAGUCCUGGUAAGUAGGAGAGGGCUUGUUGGUUUGUUUUACUUUGAAUUAAUAAAUAAUUGUCUUCACAUAACCCGUUUUCUGUGUUUUGGUGAUCAUUGGAGCAAAUCGUGAUAGAGCAUUUAUUCUUUAGUGCUGUUUUGACAAGGUUUGACCAUGUUGACCAGUUGUCCAUGUAAGACUGCCCAUCCUAUCCACUAGAUGAAUGGAGUGUUCAACCACCUGCCCCUGAGUCUGAGCGGCGGGGCGGUGCAGGUCUUCCAGGAGGGCUUUCGCUAUGCCAUCACUACAGGCUUCAGCCUGCAUGUCACCUACGACCUUGUCUUCCACGUUACAGUCACUGUGCCUGGAAACUACCGCGGCAACACCAGCAGCCUCUGUGGCAAUUUCAAUGGUAACCGUGGCGACGACUUCCUCCUGCCCAAUGGCAAGCUGACAAAAGACGUCAACACCUUCGGGAAGUUGUGGAAAGUGGCGAUUCCGGGCAAGGUGUGUGACAACGGUUGCGCCCGGAACACCUGUCCCAAGUGUAACCCGGCACGGAGGGCCAUGUUUGAGAAACCCCUCUACUGCGGGGUCAUCACGGCACCCAAGGGCCCCUUCGCCACCUGCCAUAGCAAGCUGGACCCUGAGCCCUACUUCAACGACUGCAUCUUUGAUGUGUGUGCCUCGGAGGGUGAUGGAAAGGUCCUGUGUGACAGUGUGGCGGCCUACGCCUUCAACUGUCACAUGGCCGGGUUGACAUCAAGAACUGGAGGACGGAGUCAUUCUGUCGUGAGUGCCCUCUAAGAGUUACUACUGUUGCCUGAAAGACUUGUACUUAGGUUACACUAUGUAUGAUGUAUAUGUACAAUAAUGCUGAAUCCAAAUGUCCAACACAAGCCCUGUAUAUCUCUGUAGUCUACUCUUCCUUAUAGUGUUGUAUUCAUGUGUAUGGCCAUAACUUUCUCUCAACUAUCUCUUUCUGUUUUCUCUACCUAAGCCAUGAAGUGCCCAGCCAAUAGUCACAAUGAGGUGAGUGUGGUUGCCUGUUCUACAGCCUGCCCAGGCCUCACAUAAAUAGUCUGCAAUGUGUUUUUAUAAUGCACGUCAAGAUACAUAAAUGUAGCUUAUGUUAGGGGAGACAUCAUCAUGAAUCACUCACUUUAAGGCAACCUCUGUCCUCAUGUGGACAGGGAGGUAGUGAACCUGCCUCUCAACCCGGGCCAGGGUCAGGUGAUUGUCUCCCAGCUUGGCAACAUGGCCAUCCUGCAGACUUCGACCUGCAGGUCUCCUACGACUGGCCUGGAAACUGGUCAUCCUACUUCCCAGCAGUUACUAUGGCAAUGUGUGUGGCCUGCGCGGCAACUUCAACGACAUCCCCGGAGAUGAGCUGCAGGACCUGGCCAGUAAGGCAGUUAUGACGGUGGAGCAGUGGGCCAAUGUCUGGAGGGUGAGGGGCCUGGCUGAGGAUAAGUACACCCCCUGCUUUGACAGCUGCCAGGGGAAUGUGACGUGACCCAGAGGAAGCAGUAUGAGUCAGAGGCCUUCUGCUGGGCCCUCACGGCCAAGACAGUGUUCCAGAUCUGUCAUAAUAAACUGGACCCCCAGGCCUUCAUGGACAGCUGUGUGUAAGACAUAUGUGUGAACAAGGGGGACAGGAGAAUGCUGUGCCAGGCCUUGGCCACUUAUGCCGAUCUGUGUCGGCAGGAGGGCGCUGUGGUCAAGGACUGGAGGACCAUGUUUGGCUGCCGUAAGUAACUGACAGGGAUAAAAAGGCUCAGAAUGAUCAAUAUUGUCUUUGCACAUUAGGAGACCAGCGUACUGAAUUAUGCACUUCAGCAUCACUGUGCUGAAAUAACGUUUUUUAAAGUUGUCCUGCUUACCAAUCAGCCACACCACUUGCACAGCUGCGGGUGACCCUUAUUACCAUACCUUGGAUGGGCGCCGAUUUGACUACCAGGGGACGUGUGUGUACCAGCUGAGGGCGCUGUGCACCCAGACGCCGGGCCUGGUGCCGUUCUAGGUGACGGUGCAGAAUGACCACCGCGGGAGCAAGACCGUGGCCUACACUAAGACUGUCAUCUUCACCAUCUACGGGGGUCUCCCUCACCAUCAGCAGGGACUACCCCUUCAGGGUCCUGGUGAGUGUUGCUGGAUAGGGACAGAUAAUGUAUAGAGGGGGGUUAGUAUAUUUACAGGAGUUUACCUGGUAAAAGUAUAUCAAUAAUAAAUAUUGAUGAUAGAAUUAGUAUUUUAAGACUCUUGGUAUUUAACACUGGGUGGUAAUUUAUUUUCCCCCAUGUGUUAAAUUUUACCACUCAUGGUGCUGUUACAGCUAUUUAAUGAAGCGUUCUAGGCCUUAAUCCUUGUGUAUUUAAUGAAACUAAGAUUUAACUGGGAAUUACUCUGGAUUAGUGAACAAUGGAAAAAUAUUUCAUCUAUAGAUUCCCAUAUAAUUCUCCUUUCUCUUUCGUCUCCAGUUGGAUGGACAGCUUGAGUCCCUGCCCCUGGACCUGAACAGUCAGCUGAUUGUGUUCCGCAGUGGCCGAAGGGCUGUGGUGGAGACUGCUGCGGGCAUCACACUGACCUUUGACUGGCACAGCACGGUGCACUACAGACUCCCCAGCACCUACCAGGGUGCCGUCUGCGGCCUGUGUGGCAACUACAACGCCAAGCCCUAG